CAACUUCAUAUACACCACACACUACACCAUCACACGAUUUACAAUGUAUUCAUGAACAAAUUUUAAUGAUUAUUUGCAAUUACAGAUACAAGGUCAAAUAUAUCAUUUGCAUGGUUCAAUGGUGCCAACACCAGAUGAACCGCAUCAAUUUCUGCCAAUAUAUUUCAUUUCGUCGAUGGUGGAUCAGCUGAACGUGCGGUGCAAUAUACAGGGAGCACAACAGUUAAAGAGACGAAUUAUUGAACAGUUGCAAGCAUUUUUUCACGCUAAUAAUGCUGUGGUUAAUAUGUUCAAAACAGCAUUGGAACGAAUGCCAUCGGAUACGCACAAAUUUGUCAUAAGAGCGGAUUGUACUCCAACAGGUGAACAUGUGCGAAGAUUCAAUGCACCCACCGUUAAUGAUGUUGCUGCAAUUAUUGUUGGCGAUCCAACUAAAUCACGAGACAUUGUCGUUCAGCGAAGAAGCAAUAUCAUGCAUCGUGUAAACGAGACACAUCGUUUGUACGAUGCGUUACAAUAUCCAAUCAUUUAUUGGCAAGGGCAAGACGGAUACGACAUCACGUUGAAGAUGGUCGAUCCAAUUACAGGAGUAUCAACGAAUAAUAAAAAUCUAAGCGCAAUGAAUUACUAUGCGUAUCGUAUGAUGAUUCGUACACAUGAGGAGAAUGUCAUUCUGAAGUGCGGUCGGCUAUUCCAGCAAUUCGCUGUCGACAUGUAUGUCAAAGUCGAGACCGAACGUUUAGCGUUCAUCAGAUUCAAUCAGCCAAAGCUACGAUCUGAGGACUAUAUACACUUGCGUGAUGCUAUUCAUUCAGAUGGUGAUGUUCAGAAUAUUGGACGACUGACGAUUCUCCCAUCAACUUAUAUCGGAAGCCCACGCCACAUGCACGAAUACGCUCAAGACGCUAUGACGUACGUGCGAAAUUAUGGAACUCCGGAUUUAUUUAUUACGGUCACAUGCAAUCCGAAGUGGACGGAAAUUGAACGCGAGUUGGAACCGGGUCAAAAACCGCAAGAUCGCCAUGACAUAAUCGCCAGAGUAUUUCAGCAAAAACUCAAGAAGCGUGGACUACCGCAUGCUCAUAUCCUAAUUUGGUUGCUGAACAAAUUACAUUCAAAUGAAGUGGAUGACAUCAUAUCAGCUGAAAUUCCUGAUCCAGUCACUGAUCCCCGUCUACACGACAUUGUGACGACACAGAUGGUGCAUGGACCGUGCGGUGCAUUAAAUCCAUUAUCGCCUUGCAUGGCUGAUGGAAAGUGCACAAAACGAUAUCCGCGACCGUUAGUUGCUGAAACAGUCACAGGGAACGAUGGAUAUCCAGUUUAUCGUCGGCGUUCAAAAGAAGAUAACGGUCGAACUAUCAAAGUUAAAGUUCAAAAUCAAGAGAUUGAGAUCGGAAAUGAAUUCAUUGUACCAUAUUGCCCGCUGCUAUCACGAAUUUUCGAAACACAUGCAAACGUUGAGAGUUGUCAUUCGGCCAAAUCAAUCAAAUAUUUGUGCAAGUACGUCACAAAAGGCAGCGACAUGGCUGUGUUUGGUAUUGCGUCGGAAAAUGUGAAUGACGAAAUCAGCAACUUCCAAAUGGGCAGAUACGUCAGUACUAAUGAAGCACUGUGGCGAUUAUUGUCAUUUCAAAUUCAUGAAAGAUAUCCCUCAGUUGUACAUUUAGCAGUGCAUUUGGAAAAUGGCCAAAGAGUUUACUUCACUGAGGCUAAUGCGGCACAACGAGCUGAGAGACCACCAUCGACAACAUUGACUAGCUUCUUUGCAAUGUGUGAAGCAGAUCCAUUCGCAGCGACGCUGAUGUACGUUGAAAUGCCCAAGUAUUACACUUGGAAUCAAUCAACAAAGAAAUUCCAACGUCGCAAACAAGGAACCCCAGUUCCAGACUGGCCACAGGUGUUUUCAACUGAUGCACUAGGUCGUAUGUACACUGUUCAUCCUAGAAACGAUGAAUGUUUUUAUUUGCGACUGCUGUUAGUAAAUGUACGUGGACCGAAAUCAUUUGCGCAUUUGAAAACUGUGAAUGGCCACCAAUGCCAAACAUAUCGAGAAGCAUGUCAACUAUUGGAUUCAGUUGUUUCAUCAAAUGCGUACCAAAUACGAACGCUGUUCGCAAUUAUCAUCACCACAUGUUUUCCUUCACAACCAAUUCAGUUAUGGAACAAAUACAAAGACGCCAUAUGUGAAGAUAUCUUGCAUCGCUUGCGUAUUCAAACGAAUAAUCCUGACAUCCAAAUAACCGAUGAAAUCUACAAUGAAGGAUUGAUUCUGAUUGAGGAUCAAUGCUUGACUAUGCAAACAAGCUACUGA